ACUAAAAUCUCUGGACUGGAACGCUGCCUUUGACAUGGUCCACUCUAGGAUCAGUGUCUCCAACUCAUUUUGGCUUCGUAGCAGUGCUCGCGUCGUCCUUUACAAGUAUCGAAGAACUGCACAGUUCAGGACUGGGAAUUCACAUCAUGGGAAGCAAUUGCUGUGCUUCGAACCAGGUGAAACAAUGGCGGGAGAGCAGGGGAGAGGGUUCGGCCAAAGCCGAACUUUCAUGUGGAUGGAUGUCGUCGCAAGAGGACUAGGGUUUCGAAUUUCAAUACCAUUCAAUGCUCUCCGCGAAUGAAGGCAUAUGAUUCUGUCAUUCUCAAUGUUCGUCAUUAAGAUUCCUGUGAGAAUUGGCCAUUUCUCACAUGCUUGGUUUCAUGUAAAUGCCGCAUGAGAAUGUUCGCACGAGCAAAAUGAUCGGGUAGAAGAUGUGCAUUGGUGACUCCUCCGUAAGGCAUGGCAGAUGUUACGGUCUGCUCAGCCAGCAGCUACGAGAAGAGGAAUGGUUUUCGACAGCCUGUGGGAUUGUUUGUUCGGUGGACGCGGCCUUGCUGCUCUCUGUGUGAUGUGGAGUGCUUGUGAAGGAGACUGAUUGCGGGAUCUCUGUUGGUGCGGAUUCUUGAUCCAGAGUGAUGCUGUUUGCAGAGAGGUACAUCCAGGGCGGUAGGAUCAAGUCGAGGUUUGCAGUUCUGGAUAGCCUUCUUGUAAUUUGAGAAUUGAGGCGCAAGGGUUGCCUCAGGGUGGAGAAAUGGCAGCUGCCGUGCGGAGAGCCAUGCAGUAUCCGGGGGCUCUCCCGCUGCAGACGAUGCAAUUAGCAGCGGGUGUCUCUCGCCCAGGCACUACCUCUGCGGAGUCGAUUUGUUCCGAUGUGAAAUUGCAGUUGCCGGUGCUCCUGCCGUCGGUGCUUCAUGAUUUGCAAUUUGCGCACGAUAUCAGACCUUGUGAAUUCUAUUCAAUUGGAUUGAGCCCUUUGAGAGCGUGGAACUACGCGGCAGUAAGGGGAUACUACAUGCGCAAUAUUUCGCAACUUGUCGCUACGGCGAAUAACAAGAGAGCCUUCCUCGUUGAUACCCUGGCACUGGUUCGGAGAUUAGAAUCCCAGGGAUUGACAGCUAAGCAGGCGGAGGCGAUUACAGCAGUCAUCACUGAAGUGCUUAAUGACAGCUUAGAGAAUGUGGCUCAAUCGUUUACUUCCAAAACGGAGAUGACAAGAAGUGAGAUGAUGGCCGAAGCAGCACUGUCCAAGUUUAAGAGUGAAGUUCAAAGUUCACAGGAGCUUCACUUCGCAACCUUGCAGCGAGAGACAGAAAGGCUUCGAACUGAUAUUGAGAAAAUGCGAAGUGAACUUAGGUAUGAGAUUGACAAAGUGACAGCAGGUCAGCGUCUGGAUUUGAAUCUAGAAAGAGGGCGCAUCCGAGAGGAGUUGGCUGCACAAAGCAGUGAGACUACCAAUCUCACCAACAAGUUAGACAGGGAAAUACAUACACUAAAAACUCAACUCGAGGCAGCCAAGUAUGAUGUCAUCAAAUACUGCAUUGGUACCGUCGUGUCUGUUACGGCUGUUGGGCUUGGUCUUCUUCGCAUCCUCAUGUAAGCUAAAUUGAAAAAUAACCGAUGAACUCCAUAUGAGUGAAAUUUCCUUCACUUGGAUACCAGAGAUCAUGUAUUGCAGGGAAGUUGUAUAUUAAGCGUUCUGAGUAUGCUAAAACUCAAUCUAUUGACCGUUUCAGCUGAAGAUUCGACUCAAGGUAGUAUGGGACAUGGAUUUUGGAGUCUUAAGCAAGUGGAGAACUGGAGUGUGUUCCGUUUGCUUGACCCUUGUAAAUCUAGGCUUAUCAAAGUCGUAGCCACAGGUUGGAGUGUGAAAGGUGACUUCAUUAAAUUUCAGGUAUCAUUUAUACGUCAUUGCGUCAAGGCCUCGUUGAGGCAAUUCAUAUUAUCUGCUCACAUGUUUAUAAGGCCACUGGCCUUUCAUUUGCAAUUCAAUUUAUUUCGAGAAGAUAGAAACAUAUAGAAGACCUUAGGAGUUAGACUCAGAGAUGAAGAGGGUAUGUUCCAACUUUCAAGUGCCCACAGUCAAGUAUGUUUCCAGUAUUGCUCGUUUA